UGGUUCGUCUAAAGUCGUCACCUCCUUUCUGCGGCGCCUUCCGAUUGACCCGUCGAAUCCAUCUCCUCUCCUCUCGCCGGCGACGACCACGCCAUUGAAAUCGGCCAGACUGGUUUUGGGCACCUCACCACCUAUCUGCCAGGACCGGUUGAUUGAGCGCAGAGGAAGAGAGGAGGGGGGACGGAAGCGGUCCUUUAGGAGUAAAAAUCGGCCCAGUCCCGUGCAGCGGCGGCGGUGUCGGCCAUGUCUGUGGAACUCGUCCUCUGGCUCUUCUCCUUCGCCUCCGUGAUGGCCCUCGUCGGCCUCACCGCCUACCAGCUUAUCUGUUUAUCCGAUUUGGAGUUUGACUAUAUCAAUCCAUAUGAUUCAUCAUCUCGCAUCAACGCAGUGGUCAUAAUAGAAUAUGCACUCCAAGGGGUCCUGUGUGCUGCUUUCCUCUUGACGCUGAAUUGGUUUCCUUUUCUAGUUAUGGCUCCUGUGACAUACUACCAUGUGAAGCUGUAUAUGAAACGGAAGCAUCUUGUUGAUGUUACUGAGAUAUUCCGACAACUACAUGGGGAGAAGAAGUACCGGAUGAUCAAACUCGCCUUCUACUUUGGCUUAUUUAUUAUAACUAUUUACAGGCUUGUCAUGACUGCUGUGCUAUUAUUUAUUGACGAGGAUGCAAAUCUGGUAGAAACUAGGACUAUUUAGAGUUUGUCAUUAUCAUUUCACAUAUGACCAGGAAAUUCCAAGGAUGCAGUUGGUUAACCUGCAGUACACAACAUCUGUCUCCAAAUGAACACUAACAUGAGGAACCGGUGAGAGUAAGUUCCGCUGUCUUUUAGAAACUCUGAAACAUGACGAUCCAUUUGGUCUGUGGGAGCUUUUCUGGUGCCUCGGUGUUCAUUGUAACCAUCAUGCAGCAUUGACCAUUCUGCUGUACAAUGUAAUUUUAUGGGUUUUGGUAUGACAAUGCCAACUGUCUAAAUUUGGUUCACAGUGUUGUGGUGAUGUGUGAUAAAUGCCACUUAUGAUACAGGAAGGAAAAAUGAUGACCUCUUGUAUGUGUAUCC